AUGGGAAACAUACCAUCAAAAAACCUCGUUGGGCUUGGGAGCCUAUCUAAGCUUCCCCUCGAAGAACUCCCACCGCGCCUCUUGGACAUAUCGCAGACGAUCACCGAGGAGAUUAUACUAGUCGCUCUCCGGACGUCUAAACUGGAUCUUUACAAAAGCGGUGACAAAAAUGAUUUUGUCCAUUUUCUAGAGCGUUACCCACAAGACAAGGGCUUCGCGAAUUUGAAGUACCUAAAUUUCGCACGCGACUGGUUCAAAUCUGACGACGCGAUCAUACUACCGGAGUCGCUCGCCUUUGCAAAGCGCUGCCCUGCACUAAAAACUCUUGAGAUCGAUCUGGAGAUCUUGACUGACGAACAGGAUCUCAGCAUGUUACCUUCAAAUGAUGGCUCAAUCUUCGCGAUCAUCAAGUCGAGUGGCAUCUCAGACUGCAAGAUGCUCAAGCUUGUCAUCAUUGACGGUAUAUAUUUUCAUAUGAAAAAUGAAGGCUCCAUAGAGCCUGUUUUCUUCGAAAAGCUCGAGCGGUGGCUGAUAAAGGGAUUCAUGGAGCUUGUCAAUCUUAGGUCGGACACUCACCCGGGUGUCACAAAAUACAGGACAUACCAGUAUAAAAACGUCACUGUAGUCGCCAGACACGUCUACUAG